AGCCUCGCCAAUAUGGCGGUGUCAGGCGACAGUAGUAACUGUCUCGGCGGACUCGAUCAGUCAUUGAUUGACAUCAAAAAUGGUGCCAACCGGGAAGAUGAUGCGGACACUACAUCUGAUACAGAGUGGAGGUCUGCACGGCUAUCUUCGAGCGACGACAACUGCUCAAGUGCCAAUGAUGCCCUUCGGGUCCAACAGCUUGAAGAGGAACAGGAGAGGCUGAAUAACUCCCUAUUCUCCUUGAGUUCUCAUUUCGCUCAGGUGCAGUUCCGACUGAAACAAAUAGCUGAAGCAAAUGCAGAAGACAAAGAGGCCUUGCUGAAAGACUUGCAAGACUUUGCUUUCAAAGGUUGCGCAGAUAUGAAUGAGUUGAAAAGGCUUAGAAGUGAGAGUGAAAGUGGAGAAGUGCUGGAGAUACAAAAGCAAAGGCAAAACGAACUUCUGAAACAAUUGCGAGAGCAGUUGGAAGAUCUCGAAAGGAUAGCAUAUGAGAAUGGCGAAGGAGAUAUGCCAAGCACUCUCAUUUUACAGAAACAAAAAGCUGUUUUGGACGAACUUCAUGAAAAAAUGUCAUUAGACUUAGAGCUAGAUAAAAUGUCGGUAGCGGAUAUCCAGAAGCAUGUUGACAGCGCCCUCAAGCAGCUUGUCAAUCCUUUCAAAGAAAAGCAGCAGUUAGUUGAACAACUGCAAACCCAAAUUGUCGAUUUGGAACGAUUUGUGAGCUAUCUGCAGAAGGAAAAUAGCUCGCAAGAAUCAUCUCCAGCAAAGGCGCUUUCCUCUUCGCAGUUCAUUGCAAGUAAACCGAAGUCAAGCAAAUUUUUCGGAUUGAUUGGAGGUUCUAGUAACCAUUUCCAGAAAAAUCAGCUCAAAAAUACGGAGAUUGGCAACCACUACGGGGAUGAACGAGCACAUUUGCAGCUCGCAGUUGACGCUACACUACAAGUCUUGGAAAAAUAUACUUUACUAAAUAUCGAAAACUCAUGCUCAACGAGUGAAGUUCAGGAAGUGGAGGUGCUCAAUGAUGAGAUCUUCGAAAGAUCGGAGGAAGAAAUUGUUUCUGUCGUUCGCAGGCAACUUUGUCCAUCAUUGAAGGCCUUAUUGGAACACGGAAUGUUGAAGGAAACACCUACCAUUCGUUCUCUACCAGCAUCGUUUGGAUUUGGCUGUUUUGUAGCGAAAAAUGGAGGUGGACAUUUCAACAAGGCCAUACCUCUUCAACAUGUAUGGGAUGUUGUGCUGUUCUUUUACGGCUCGAAAAGCGGACGAGAAUUAGAAGAUGCACCAGUCAGGAAACUGAGCCAGUCCUUCAAGUUGGAAAAUGUGGCUGGUAAAAGCAUAACUUCGAAACAGAUUUUGCUGACUACAAUAGAGAACAUUGUGUCAUCGCACGCACGUCUGCGUCGAUCCAAAGAUGCUCAAUGGAAAGCGUUUGUAUCUGCUGCCAUGAACGAGAAGAAACUUCCUGCAUGGCUUCGGAUAAUAUUUCGCUCUCGCUAUGUAGUAGAGAUGUGUUAUAACUCCUGGAGUUAUGUUGCAAGAACAGGUUGUGAAGAACUCUACACAUUAUUGGAAGGUUUGCAUAAGCGUGGAGGCCAUCCAGUUUAUACAGCUUCACGCCGUGGCGAUGAGCAAAAGUUGAGGAAGGUCAAAGUAGUGGCUUAUCGGUAG